UUUGGGUUGUUUAAUUUCUUCUUGACGAAGCUCUCUACCUGAUGUACCUCCUCCUGGCUGUAGAACUUGGAAGUUGCCGACCUAAAAGAGGAAGAAAACUCCACCCAAGACCUGUAUUAGAUUCUGGGAUGAUCGCAGGUGCCGCCCCUGAGGUGACAUGGCGCUGGAGGUGACCAUGGCUGAUGCAACACAACCGGUGGUUGUUGACUCGACGACGUGUGAAGUGACAAGUCAACAGGAGGAACUUGAAAGGCUUGCUGUUGAGGAGCUGGUGAAUGAAGCCAAGAGAGCCAAGGAGAGAUCACAGACGUUAGGAUCUUAUGCAUGGGCAAAGAGAAAGGUCACCACUAACAAGAGGUUCCUCCACAAUACCUUAGUGAGCACACUUCGUGAAUACAGGACGGACACCAGGCCCCAUCGUCGAAGCUUCACUAAAGAUGAUCGAGUCGGUCAGCGGAGCUCAGCAUCAUCAGUCGAUGCCAACGUCACCACCCUGCCCGAUUUGCCUUCCACAACCUUGGACGAGAAAAAGAACAAUUCUGAGACAACAUCGAGAGCAGCCCUACUUGAUCAAGAUAAGAGAGGGAGCCAUGCUCUUAAAGAUGACAAUUUAGAUUUGAAGAAGAACAAUACUGAAAGAACUUCCAGAGCAGCCCUGCUUGAGCGUGAAACGAGCGGGAGGCAUGCCCUUAAAGAUGACAAUUUAGAAUUGAAUAGUCGGGGGAUGUCUAAGGAACUUGGGAGGCCAAGGAACUACCACGAUCACCACAGUUCUGAAAGGAAAGGAAAACAUCUGAAGUCCAGGAGAAGUUCCAGCCCGUCGAGUGAUAAAACUGAUAGACACCGCAGCAAAAGUAGCAAGCAUAAGAAGAAACACAAACGUGAAGACAGGCAUUCUGGGACUGCUAGUCACAGGAAAUCGAAGAAACAUAAAAGGAGUUCUCGUAGGAGUCCAAAUAUCUAAGGUCAAGAUGUCUCCAGAAAACUCAAAGAGAAUGAUACCAAAACAACCUAUUUCAGUAGAAAACUACGUUUUUUAACUUCUUGGUUUGUUUGUGCUGUUCAGUAUAUUGUUAAUAUUAUUUAGAGUUUUUUAUUUAGUGUUUAGAUUGAUCGUCCCCAGGAUACACGGGUAAUAUUUUUGGGGCAAGACUUUUAUAUAUUUAGAUUGACUUUUUGAUAGCAAUGGUUAUGCAGAGCUUAAUAUUCUCCCGAGGUCAGAAAUCUACUACGUGGCAGUAGAAUAGUAGCGAGACAAGAGCUACACAGCAAAGUAUGGUGUUACUGCAAACUUGAAACCUUGCCAUGCAGUGCCUCAAAACCCACAAUGGUAAAUGCCUAACGAUCAAACUAAAAAAAAAAAUCAAAGAGCGGUUUAAUGGUAAACAAAUUCUUCUGCUUGUUUAGCUGAAAAUGUUACUGAAGUACAAGUGCAUGUAACAUGCUAACAAGAACAUAAGCAGUCAGCUUGCAUGUUCACCAUGAAUUUGCAUUCUGACAUUCUAGUUUCACAGAACUGCUAUACACUUCUGCGUAUGGGUAAAAAUCCAAAUAAAUAUUCUUUAUCCCCAUGCAAGUUUAACAUCUCUUAAAUUAUGACAUACAGAACAGGUCAGAAGCUUGGCUUACCUCCUUUUGUACUGACAGUUAACAGCCCCAUGAAAUGGAAACUGCGCAGCGAGCAUAAACUCAGUCAUAUAAGUAGCUCCAUAAAAAUGGCCCCUGGUGACAAUUGAUUUACUCUCGUUGGGAUCAAGACGACAGCAGAAUCGGAGAUGCUAAUAGAUGUAGAGACUGUGACUUCUGGCAUACUUAACUCUGUCACUAAAGAAAAGAUAUAACAUUGUUGAUGCUAAUAGAAUUGCUGCUACUGGGCAUGCUGGACUCUGUGUGUGAGAGGAUACAAGGCAACAUCUAACACUGAUUAUUGUGUAUCCAACAUGCUUUACUUCUUUGAGUAGUAAUAAUAACAUUAUGGGAUUUGAGGCAUUGCAUGGUGAGGUAUCAAUAUAUUGUAUUUGGUUUGCGGUAACACCAUGUAUGUGUCUACUUGACAGGUAGAUUUCGUUUCUUCAGGGAACUGUCUUGCUAUAUAUUCUAGUACAGUGAAGUAGAUUUAUUGUAUGUUGGGAGACUCUAAAGAACAAAAUCUACCUGGUAAGUAGACACACACAUGGGCCCAAUUUCAUAGCGCUGCUAAGCAUACAA